GGCACUGGGUUAUCCGGGAUGCCUUCAGAGGGGGUGCGGAGAGACGGUGCCUGGGGUAAUUCCUCAUAAAUCAGGAGAAAUACAGCUUGUGAUUGUGAAAUACAACUCCGUAUUUUAUUUGCCGGUGUGAGGGAGCCAUGUCAAAGUAGCGGACCUUAGCGGCCAUGGCCCCAAAGGUUUGGCGGCUUCCCUGGGGGAGGGCUGCAGUAUCUCAGGUCAUCCCUACCGCUUUUCAUGGCAGCGGGGGAGGAAAGCUGACCUGUAUUUUUACGCGUUACAGCAAAAUUAGCCCGGCGGGGCUCCGGCCGGAGGCGGCGCAGCGUCCCCACCGCUGGCAGGCGGGUUCGGGCUCGGUUCGCUGGACGGCGGAGCCGAUGGCUACAGGCCACCUCUGUAUAGGGGUGUGUAAACUUGAAGAACUCGGGCUUUUUCAGUUAAAAUCUUCGCUGGUAUUGCAGCACAGCAAACAUGCCUGAACAAAGCAAUGAUUACAGAGUGGUUGUGUUUGGAGCAGCAGGGGUUGGCAAAAGCUCCUUGGUGCUUCGUUUUGUAAGGGGAACUUUCAGGGAAACCUAUAUCCCCACAAUCGAAGAUACGUACCGGCAGGUAAUCAGCUGCGAUAAGAGCAUCUGCACCCUUCAGAUUACAGACACCACGGGAAGCCAUCAGUUCCCUGCUAUGCAGAGGCUGUCGAUAUCCAAAGGGCAUGCUUUCAUCUUGGUGUACUCUGUCACCAGCAGGCAGUCCAUGGAAGAUCUUCAGCCCAUCUUUGAACAGAUUUGCCAGAUUAAAGGGGACAUCCAAAAAAUCCCAAUAAUGUUGGUGGGUAACAAAAGUGAUGAGACUCAGAGGGAGCUGGAUGCCAGCGAGGGGCAAGCGUUAGCCAGCAAGUGGAAGUGUUCCUUUAUGGAGACAUCAGCCAAAAUGAACUACAAUGUGCAGGAGCUCUUCCAGGAGCUCUUGAAUCUGGAGAAGAGGAGAACUGUCAGUCUCCAGGUGGACGGAAAGAAAUCCAAGCAGCAGAAAAAGAAAGAUAAACUGCAAGGCAAGUGCUCUGUUAUGUGAUUGACUUUGGCUGGACUCGCACCACUGCAUGGUGUAAUUAGAGCAUGGACUCCCACAAAAUACAUUUCUGCUGGAGGCUUCAGAUAAAUCCAUGUCUUAUAGGGCUAUUGCUUUUCUCUGAAAUCUCUGCUGGAUUAUUUUAUGUGUUGGUUUUAAAGAGGAUGGCUUUCUGCAUGUGUAUUUUUUUAAAUCAAUAAAUGUUCAAUCUUAGCCAUUACGCGUGACUAGAAUUUUUUAAUGCAAGAAGUUCACAGAAGAGAAAAAUGUCAGUCAGAAACAAACAUCCCUACUUCUGUGAGUAUGUACUAGUUUAAGUAUUUCCAGCCUGUUAGCUUGAAAUAAAUCAUGGUGUCUAUAAUGUAUAUACUUGUUGUCAGAAAUCUAUUGACGAGAGCAAAUCUCUAACAGAGCUAGGCAUUUGCACUGUGAAUAAACACGUAUGUGGCUCCAGAUCCUUACAUUUUUGACAGACAGGCUGGCUUGCCGGCUGAAAAUGCAUUUUUUCCAUGGUAGAAGUUAAGUUUUCCUGUGUGCUGUGCAACCUGUGAGACCUCUGCAGUUCUGAGAGUGAUUAGAGGCUUACCCACAUAUAAUUGGGCUGUUUGCUUUUUUUUACCCCUUUUGCUCUGACUUGCCCCGUUCACUGAGGCGGGAGGUUUCACAUGCUCUGGCUCCAGAUCCAGGGGUGAUUCCGCAAGCAAGAGCUGCCUCCUUCGUGAAGGUAAUUGAACUGUUGUAGGCACCAGAUGAAGUAGUGGUUGGUUAUCCUGGCACUGGUUAUCCUGGUUAUCCUAUCACCUUUUUUUUUUCCCCUCAGCUGUCAGUCUGGUUUUGCAUAUGGCUGAAACUACUUUUGCAGUUUUCUUGGAGUUCUCUUGGGUGUUAUUUCCCCCCCCCCCCCUUAUUUCAUCCAAGUUACGCAGGUUUUAGUUGAGACUUAUGACAAAUGGGUGUAGGUAACACUGCAUCCGGAGGAAACAUCUACGUGUGUAAGCUGCUUGUUUAAAGCAAACUCCUCUCUAACAGAAACUUGUAGCAGCCGGUUCCCACAAAUGAAAGGACUGGAGACAUGGACUUAGUCUCUCCCUUGUUGUGUGUUCCCCCCACCACCUUUUUUGGCUGUUGUUAAGAGACAAGCAAGACAAGCCUCAUCUGCAGUGCGCGGUUGAGAAAGAAUUCAAGAAAAUAAGUGCAAGUAUUCACUAUCAGCGUGUGCUGUAGAUCUCCUGCUUUGUGUAUGCAUUAGUCCAAAGAGAAGACCAUAAGGGUUUCAGUAAUUCACUGUGGAUUUGAUUUUUACACAGCAACAUAGUCUUGAUGCAAGAGAGGCAGGAGAGAGGAGGUGCUUCUUCUUAUAGCACUUUUCUAGUGAAAUGAUUUUACUGUUGAAGAUUAAUAAAAUAUGGAGCAGGAGAUGCUGGAAAGUACAUACCCUUUCUUAGUUUGAAAGCAUUAGUGUCUAUUAAUAAAUGCUUUUCUACAUAAGAUGCUAGAGGAGGGCCUGUUCUCUCAGCUGUUACUUGCUCACAUGUUGCAGACUAAUACACAAAACCGUGAGGUUUGUAUCCAUGUUAAUAUAUCAUAUAUCUGAACAACUCUUGCAAUCGAUGCUGGCUCCUGAUGCUCCGUUAUCUGCUGUGUCUGUCCGUGAGCUGCUUUUCUAGUCUCCUCAGGCUGUUCUUACACAAACUAUUGGUUUGGGGUCAGUGUGUGCCAGGGGAGUUUGCCCCAGUUACAGCGGAGCCCUCACGCCGUUUGAUUUCAGCACAAGACCUUACUUGUUACGAUUUCGGAAACCCAAGCAAAGUUCUGCCUGAGUGUUUGGUGCUGACUGAAAUGUUACGCUUACUUGCCAAAAUAAAGUGUGGAUUUGCCAGGCUGAUACAAAGGCUCGACACCUGAUUUUUCUCAUGGGAGAUGAUACCCCGGCGGCGUCCCGUACUGGAGCGGUGGUGCAUACUGGUGCAGGGCGCUCUGCCACUGCUGCGUGGAACCUUUGCUUCUGUUGCAGUCAGGAGUGAGUCAGGCUGAAGGGCGGCUGUAGAAGCAGCCAUAAUGGCUUUGCUUGGCAAGAACUCUGGCUUUUUCCUCUCUAACAUCGUGCGUGGAUUUUGAUCUCUCUGUCCUUUCAUUUCCAAGCAGUCAUGCAAUGUUUCUCUGUGGGUUGUUUUUAGCAUCUGGCAAUUAUUACUGCAAAGACUAUUUCAGUUCCGUUCCAGCCUUUGAAACCCCUAUAAGUCAUUUUAUAUUUAAGCCUUUUUAAAAUGUCAUGAGACCUAAUAACGUCUCUACAACUCCCACUGCCUUCAUGGAGAUGCCUGUGCAAAGGCAGGGCAGCAUGUAUCUGCAAUUAUUCCCACAGCCGAGAUGUUCUGCAGUGUGUCAUUAUCACUGCGGUGUUUUCUGUGUGCGUGGGAUGGAGAUCGCUGAGGCCUGGGGUCCGGCAGAGCACAAGCAACAGCUAAUAUGAACAAAUCAGGUUCAGUCCUGCCUUCAGCUGGCAGAAUGGCUGGCAGGUCCCCCCAAAUCUCCCCUUUCCCUGGAAGGAGGUCCCAUGGGACUCUGUGGGCGGUGGAGACGUGGGGCGCUCCUGGCGAUGCGGGAUGGUGGUGUGGGGGCAUCAGCACCCCACGUCGCAGCCCAGAGCAGGUUGGGAAGGAGCGAUGCCUGGUGUGGCUGUGUAAAUCAUCUAUGUUUUG